UAAGCGUACAAUAAUAUGACCUUUAUUAUCAAAAACUGUCUUGGAAAACUUUGUCUUAGACAUUUAUUAAUGAAAGAAGAUUCUUAUAAAUCUCUAUGCACAGCUUGCUUUUAAUAAAAGGCUGCUUAUUACUUAUGUUGUAGAUGUAUCUUUUGCAAAGAAUGUAUAUAGAGAUGGAAAGAUAGUUAUAAAACAAUUGAAAAUUCAGCAGAUGUCAUUUGUGGAUUUUGCAAUAAAUAAACUGACCCUAAAAUAAACAGCUUUUAGGAUAUGAAAUAAGCAUAAUCAUUUGCUUUUUUAUUUGCAGAUCCUGAGACUCUAUUUGAAAGACAAAUUGAAAUAAUCAAAUUCUAGAGAAAACAAAGUUUGAAGUAUAUUUAAUACUUACAGGACCAGUUAAAUAUAAACAAAUAAGAGCUUUCCUUGAUUUAUGAAAGCUUUCCUGAGAUAAAAAAUGAAAUAUCAGUGAGGAGAAUGAGCAACACUUUAAAUAAUGAAGAUGAUAUCAGAAAAAUUUCUAGGAGUUGUGUAAACUUUAAACAAGUUAAUGAAAAUAUACAAAAUGAUUCAUUUUAGUAAAAUUAAUUGUAAAACCAAGUUAGAGAGUCUAAUAAAAUAAAUUAAUUUCAAGUAAAUCCUUAAUAUAAUUAGUAGUAUAAUUUAUAAUAAAAUUUACCCUACCAGAAAGACUAUUAAACAAACGAACCUUAACAAUAAUAAUAAUAUUAAUAGUAGAAGUAGCUCAUGAUAAAUAAAUAAAAUAACCAAAUAAAUAAAAAUAAUCUGAACACAAUAGGGUAUUAAAAUAAACCAAUUAUGUAAUAGAGGAACGAGUAUGUGACUCCUAUUCAAAACAACAUUAGUAAUUUCAAUAUUAAUAAUAAGAUUAGUAAUCUGAAUAAUUCAGGUGGGUUGUCAUAUUAAGAUUACAUGCAAAAAUAACAAAAUUUAAUUAACUACAAUCAAAUAGUCCAAGGAAAUUCAAUUUAAAGAAAAGAUUCAUAAUAAAGAAACACUUUUAAUUAAAUAACUUAACAAUAUUAGUUUUAAAAAGAAAUUGAAGAUUCAAGCAAUCCUUACAUUAAUCAUUAACAAGGAAAACAAAAUGAUUUUACUUAAGUAAGAAACAAGAUGCAGCCAUCUAAAGAAAACAUGAAUUUAGUUUUGAAUUAAGCUUACACAUCUUAUAAUUAAAAUUAAAAACCUUAAUUAAGCUAUCAGCAAAAAUAUAUUGACUAAUACAAUCCAAAAUUAAGCAAAUGA